AUGGAGUUUGCUAGAUCAAAAGAGGGAAACCAAUAUAAAUAUGUCCUUGAUUUCCUUAGUGAAACAGGUUUACUUGGAUGCAAGGCAACCGAAAUACCAAUCAAGCCCUACAUAAAGCUCCAACCUGCGAAGCCUAAAGAAUGGCUUGGCGAAGCAAAAAAUAAAGUGUGGUUGCUAGAAGCAGUGCACAAGGAGCUUAGAUCAGUUGCAUAUGGAAUAUGUGAAGUGCUAUGGAUUAAGAGAUUAUUGGAAGGAUUGGAGAUUUCAAAUUCCUCACCAACGAAGAACAAACAUGUGGAGGUGGAUAAAUACUUCAUCAAAGAAAAGAUUGAGAAGGGAUUAAUUCGUAUGUCAUAUGUUCCUAUUACAGAGUGGAUUGCAGAUAUACUCACUAAAGGAUUACCAAAGAAGCAGUUUGACAAUUUGAUUGGAAAGCUGGCAAUGGAAGAUAUCUACAAACCAACUAGAGGUGGAGUGUUGAUAAUGUCAAAGAUAUGA